GCGGCGGGCAGGCGGGCAGGCGGACGCCGAGCGGCCGAGCGGCGGAGGAGAAAAGACCAAGGACCCCGGCAACAGCUCCCCUGCCCCUCCAAUGCCCUGGGCAUGGCUGCGGGGGCCCCGCAGCAGAGCGGCCAGACAGCAGAGGAGACCCCCGGCUUCCUGGACGCGCUCCUCCACGACUUCCCAGCUCCGCUGAGCCCGGAGAGCCCCUUGCCAUGGAAGGUGCCGGGGCCGGUGCUGACCCUCGAGGAGGCGGAGGGCGAGCUGGCCGAGCUGGCACUGGGCUUCCUGAGCAGCCGGAGCGCACCGCCAUCACUCGCCGCCUGCCUGGCCCACGAGGCAGUUUCCCAGCUGCUGCGGUCAGACCUCUCUGAGUUCAGGAAGCUCCCGGAGCAGGAGGAGGACGGGGACAGAGCGGAGGAGAAGGCCCCUGUGACACUGCUGGACGCGGCGGGCCUGGCGCGGAGCCUCUUCGACCACCUCUGGCAGGCGUGUGGCCAGUGGCAGCAACAGGUGCCGCCGGCGGCCCGGGCCCCACAGCGGCAGUGGCUGGUCUCCGCACACGCCAUCCGCAACGCCCGCCGCAGGAUGGAGGACCGGCACGUAUGCCUCCCCGCCUUCAACCUGCUCUUCGGCCUGGAGGACUCGGUAGAGCGCGCCUACUUCGCAGUGUUCGACGGGCACGGAGGAGCGGACGCCGCGAGGUACGCGUCCGUGCACGUGCACGCGGUUGCCGCCCGCCGGCCAGAGCUGGCCACGGAUCCCGCGGAGGCCCUCCGCGCGGCCUUCCGCUGCACCGACGAGAUGUUCCUCCGGAAGGCCCGGCGAGAGCGGCUGCAGAGUGGCACUACGGGCGUGUGCGCGCUCGUUGCGGGCAACACCCUGCACGUGGCCUGGCUCGGGGACUCCCAGGUUCUUCUGGUGCAGCAGGGUCAGGCAGUGAAGCUGAUGGAGCCGCACAGACCCGAGCGGCAGGAUGAGAAGGACCGCAUUGAGGCACUGGGCGGCUUCGUGUCACACAUGGACUGCUGGAGGGUCAACGGGACCCUGGCUGUGUCCAGAGCCAUUGGGGACGUCUUCCAGAAGCCCUACGUGUCUGGGGAGGCGGACGCGGCCUCGUGGGAGCUGACGGGCUCCGAGGACUACCUGCUGCUGGCCUGCGACGGCUUCUUCGACGUGGUCCCCCACCAGGAGGUGGCCGGCCUCGUGCGCAGCCACCUUGCGGGGCCUCGGGGCAGCGGGCUGCGCGUGGCCGAGGAGCUGGUGGCCGCUGCCCGCGAGAGGGGCUCUCGCGACAACAUCACAGUCGUGGUGGUCUUCCUGCGGGCCCCCCAGGACCUGCUGGAACCAGAGCCUGACACUCCGCGGAGCAGCUAGGAGGCGCGGGCCCCCGCCCCCCACCCCGUGAUCCUCCCCCACAGAUGCCUUAGGACCCGGCAGGAGGCGGGCAGGCGAUGCCCCCCACCGCCUCGAGAGAGCACCCUCCUGGAGGAAAGCGGCCCUGGAGGGGCCGGGGGCGGGGCCCAGGCUGCGGGUGGCGGCCGCAGCCACACCAAAGACACCCGGCGUGUGCUCGGGGUGGCCGGGCGCUGGGGCCGCAGGCGUUGUCCAGUGCCCUGGGCGCCGCACAGAGGUUUCUUGUUCCCCCCGACUGCCCGUGACCGAGGAUUUGGGGGGUGCCCGGGGCUCCCGGCACCUGAGUGCGAAGGGUGGGCCUCGUGGGAAAGAGGCGGGGUGCCCACCCAUGGCCCCCUGGUGCCCACACGCAGCUCGCGCUCCAAGGAGGGGACGCCCAGACAAGGACGCCUGUCCCGUCUCUGCUCGUCUUCUCCCCGGGAAACGUUUCCUUCAGAAGCAGUGUUUCAGGUUGGGUCCACGUCCUGUCAGUGCCGAGAGGUUCCGUGGGUCAUGCAACUUAAGCAGUUACACGUUAUUUUAUUCCCUAGGAAACUUUUAAGUAUUGAUUUUCUUUUUUUGUGAGACGCUCCUUUUGCAGUAUUACUGAAAUUUUUUUUCCUCUCAAUCAGGAUUGAGAAACAUCCUUUUCCAGGUGGUGUAAAUAAGCCAUUCAAGUGCCUUAAACAGCUAUGGGCAAGGCUGGGGCCGCUGGGCUGGGAUGGAUGCCCGGAGCACACUUCAGUUUUUUGUUUUUUUAACAAAAGCAGGAUUUGUUUUGUCAGAGCGGCGUGAUUUUGAGCAGAAUUCUCCCCAGCAGAGUUCUUUCUGCCUUUGCACGGCCUGGGCCAGACCUCAGGGCUCCAGAGUUGGGGUGACCACGGCCCCACCUGCCUCCCCACCCUCAUGGUCCCGUCCCCCAGUCUCUGGACCCCAGGCCAAGGGACCGAGCUCCACCUGACGGCAGGUCCGUGCUGCUGUCUGGGAUGUUCAGAGGGCCUGGCGUGUCAGCGGUUGAGUUGGUUUCAUCAGGACGCACCCCCGAGGGGCCCCGGCCGCGUUUGGAGGCAGCGGGAGAGCAGAGGGCAGUCUGGGCUCCGGUCCCAGCCUUCGCUGCCCUCCUCUGCCCGUCACCCACUGGCCCCUGCAGCUCCAAGGCUUCAGGAAGUGCGUGAUAGGUUGGCUCCCCCCGAGUUGGUGUGGAGUUGGAAGUGGGGCUGGGGGGAUCCUCUGGCCGGAGGACGUAGGAUCUUCAUGAUGGGUGGGGAAGUGUGGUGGGUGACUUAGGUGAGGCUUCAGAGAAGGUCACUGGGGACUGGGCCGCGGGAGGGGCUUAGGAUGGGGAUCCCCAGGCUGCGGGGUGCGUGGAGGAAGCGGUCAGAGUCCCCCCAGCAGCAGGGCCCAGGACAGGCUGCACUAAGGGAGCCCAGGGCCUCCUCACCCAGGGAGGGGGCUGAGAGCCCCUCGUGAGGCCGGUUCCCAGGCUCAGUGUUGCCGCCCCCAGCCCCCAGCCCCAGCAGCAGGAAUGAAGCGGCUGAGCGGGGUCCCGGGCUCGCUCUAGAAGCCUCUUAAGCUGGUCAUUGCAGCUCAGAGCUUUGGUGGCCAAGUGAGCAGGUGUCACUCCAUCUAACCUGAAGGUCUCGCCUUCCGGGAGCCAGAAGCCCCUCGUCAGGCCCUCCUGGCACGGGUCAGCUGGCCCUCAGGUUGGGGAGGGGGUCGUCGAGGGGACGCCCCUUGUUCUCCCGCUGAGAGGGGCUGGCCUCCUGCAGCGCCUGGUCGCAGGGCUGUCCCCCUCCCCCCCAACCUGGACUGGGCACCGUCGGCUCCUCAAGUCCUGACCCACUGCCCCUUCAGGCCACGGUCUUAAGAGGGCCCCCAGCAGGGGCGCCGGUCUAGGAUCCACGGGCCCCCCUCAAUCCCAGCUCUGCUCCUUGGUCACUAUGCGGCCCCCUCGGUAGGGCAUGGGGCUGCCCGGGGCCUCAGGCGCGAUGGUGCCAGGGCUAGCAGCCCUCCCCGCCCGCAGGGAGGCGUGGCUAAGUACCGUCAGUGUCUACUCUUGGCGUCAAGUAGGCUGGGGAACAAUCGAGCUAUGGGUGCCGGCGCCUUGUGAGGAAGACGGCAGCCGGAGCCCCGAGCCCUGCUUCUGCCAGCGGGGCCGCUCUGCAGCCAGCAGGGGCGGGCAGGCGGGGCCCCUCGACGCAGCCCCCCCUCAGCGUCCAGGCCUGGCAGAGGGGCAGGGGCCCGGCCCCAAGGGAGAGGCGCAGAUUGUCAGUCUGGGGUCCUGAGUCGGCUACCGGUGACCCCUGCCCUCCCCAGGCCAGCUUUCAGGCCCUCCCUCCCCGUCACCCGUGCCCUGCAGCUGGAGCUCCACCGUGGACUCGGGUGUCCUGGCCACUUCUGCAGUAUUCCCAGGGAGGGUGGACGGCUCCACUGCUCCCGGCCCCGAGCCAAAUGGAUCAGGCAGGCCUGGGUGGGAUGAGCUGUUGGCUUUGCUUCUGGCUGCAGCCCUGGGGGCAUCCCCGGAGGCCUGCACUCUUCUCCAAGGCUCCACAUGUGCCUGCAGCCUUGCCAGGGGUUUAUUUGUGGGCAUCUCGGCGGGCUUCCUGGAAGUGGUGUUCCAUGUGAAGGGUUCCCAGACGGGGUGGCGGUUUCCCCAUCUGAGGGACAAGUCCCAGGGCCCCCAUGCUCAUGUCAAUAAACCACAAGCUCUG